AUGCAGAAGGCAAUAGAACUGGUUACCACAGAGUUAAGAAGCACACAUAACUCAGAAGUCAUAGAGAGAUGGUAUAUUUCGUAUCUCAAAGAAAAGGAACACCCGAAGAGCAUGUUUAGAGAUGUCCUGUCCAUCACCAUGCCGGACAUCGAAAGCUCUGAUGUACUGGAAUCCACCGCCAUGCUUUUUGAAAUGUCGCAAAAGGCAGCAGAUGAAAUGUCGCUAAAAGAUGUAGACCACUCAUAUGAAUACUCAAUGGAGGUGAUUUCAAUUUUCACUGUAUACAAUCUGAUUUUCCCGAUAAUCGAAAAACACGUCAAGGAUAAGACUCUGGGAAGCAGAAUCUUAGGUAUUUAUAAUGAUGCAAGCAUGCACAUGAAUAGACCUCGAAAAGGGUCGUUGGAGGUCUUGGAAGGAAGAAGAAGGUUUUUUUUCGAUCUUUACAUUCCUGUGAUGAUAUACUUCAUAUGCACAGGAAGGAAUUACGACAUGAAGGAUAAGGAGGAGGAGUUUGUUAGGAUGUAUUUGGUGAAGAGGAAGGGAAGUGAAUGGAAUGGAGCAUGCAUGGAUCAGUUUUGCAAGAAGAUGUCUUGUGGAGAGGAAAAAGUCCACGAAGCACUGGAGUUUCUUUUCUACAAGGCAUACUAG